ACACAAUCAUUCUCGUACUAUGACUGGACGCGAGCGUGUCGAGCUCUGGGUCGCGAACGUUCGUGAGUUUGUGCAAGUAAAAACCAACAAAACAAACAUCAAACCAUGAUGUUUGUUCGCUCCGGUGUUCUGCUGCGUUGAACUUGGGUGCCAAAUUUACAAUUCUUCCCUCGAAUGUUUCCCGCUGUGAGUGUAGUUUUCGUGCGAGAAAAUUGUUUGUAAAAUUUAAACCAAAACUCCAACGUGUGUUGUACUGACAGGUAGUGUGCUUUCCAUAUUCUAAUUGGAUUACAAGGUACGGAACCUGAAUCCGUCUCACACCUGUUUGUGACCGAUUGGUUUAGUGCAAGAAGGUAACCAAUUUCGGGGCCCAAAUCGUACCCAUUUCGACACACAUUAGUGAUCGGGAUUGAGGAUCGCAGAGAGCCCCCUCCCCGACCCCAUUCUUUGCUGGCUGGCGAGAAUGAACGGUGCUGCAGAACGGGGAGGAAAAGUCCAGAAGAAACUACGGGCCACCAUUGCCAUUGCGGGAUCUGGUCGCCGACGCUUUUCCAUGUCCGAUCGAUGAAUGAUCGAUCGUGUCGCGGGGUGGAAGAGAAGAUCCCGGGUCGCAAACACCACUCUUGUGCGGUCUGUACUUGUCCACGCGAGAGUGUUUAAAUGUGUGUGUGUGUGUGUAGGUGAAUGUAUAGAAAGCUAAGAAGGUAAGGAGCGGAAGCAAAACGACAGGAAAAGAAGUGUGUGAAGGUGCAUCAAGAGUAGCCCAACAACCCACCAAGAGCAGGCAGCGUCUCCAACUCAGCCGCGUGCGAGUAAGCGAGAGUAAGAAAGCGUGUUCUGUUGUGCGUGUGUGCAAGAAGGAUAAAAAAGGGAAGCGAAAAGUAGCAGCCAAAGCUGGUUUCACCUACUGGGGUGGAUGGAAAGCGAGUGGUAAAGAAGUUUUGACCUGGCUGCUUAGAUUGGUUGGUGUGUGUCGCGUGUGUGUGUGUGUGUGUUGGUGUUGGUGCGGUUCGUCUUGCAUACGGGGCGCGGUGAGUGUGUGUAUAUGCCGCUGGUCAAGAAAAGAAGCCCAGAAGAAAGAGCGAUCGGGUUUGUUUGCCUGCGCGCAUCGAAGUCGCCGUGGCCGUUCUUGAUUGCCGUAGCGGUGUGUGCGUGUUGAGCAGAAAUCAAGCAAAAGUGGAUUCGUGAACCGCGGGACCCCAGUUCCCAGUUCCCACCCCGUGUUUUCGCCCGUUAGUGUGUGAGUGUGUCUCCUAGCAACGUUCUUAGGCGGUGGGGAGUGUAUGUGAGGUGUGUUUUGUGCAGCAGGUACGCGAAAUUAUAUCGCGAAAAGGGAGAAAACGUACGUAGCACCAACACCAACGGGUCUGGUUGACCGCCGGUGGACGGUAUAUAGCCCACGCUUGCGUUUUUCGGUGCAGCAGCAGCAGACGCAGUGGGGGUAUUGCUACUGAGCCACACCAAUCACCCCCUUACCCAUACCCUCCAGUCCACCGUGUCAAGGGUCGUGAGGGGUGUCGUGAGUUUCAACUCCUGCCCGGAAAGUCGGACUGUGUGACGUGUGCAGCAGCAGCAGAAGUAGCUAAAAGAAGAGCUUCGAACGGUAGGAAGGAAACCGGAAUCGGUGCGACGUACGAAGAGAUCGCGGAGAAGAGGCAGAAGCGGAAGAAAACAUCGAUCAGACCAGUGGGUUGGUGCAAACCAACCAAACCAAACCAGAGACCGAACGGACGCGAAAAACGGGGGCAGCAAAGAAUCACUUUGAAUGAACGGCCCGACCCGAGGUACCGUCCGUCGCCAUUAGCAACGUCAAGGCGGUAACACAAAGCGCGAGGUUGCAAAGGAAAGGUAGUCCCUACUUUGCGAAAUUAAUAAUCAUACUCCUGUUACGCGAAUUGCGAUCGUCAACAUGUUGCGAUUUCUGAGCCGCCGCAAAGGGCGCAAUGCUGCCGCCGAUACGGUCGACAGCCAGAUCAAGUCCCAGCGCAUCCCGACUAACAAGAAUUUGAUCCCGUGUCGCGUGAUACUGCUCGAUAACACGGAUCUUUCGGUGGAUCUUACGAAAAAGGCGAUGGCCAGCGAUCUGUACGAGCAGGUUUUCUAUUCUCUCGAUCUGAUCGAGAAAGAUUACUUCGGGCUACAGUUUACCGAUGCGAACAACGUGAAGCAUUGGCUGGAUCCUACCAAGGCGAUAAAGAAGCAAGUGAAAAUUGGCCCGCCAUACACAUUACGCUUGAAGGUCAAAUUUUACUCGUCGGAACCGAACACACUGCGCGAAGAGCUAACGCGGUAUCAGUUUUUCCUGCAGCUGAAGCAAGAUUUGCUGGAUGGCAGACUUGAAUGUCCCGAUCCGCAGGCGUCGGAGCUGGCUGCUUUAGCCCUACAGUCGGAACUGGGAGAUUUCGAUGAGACCGUACAUUCAGCGGCCACCGUAUCGGAGUUUCGCUUCGUGCCGAAUCAAACCGAAGAGCUGGAGAUCAUGAUACUGGAGGAGUACAAGAAAUGUCGAGGUCUAACGCCCGCCCAAGCGGAAACGAGUUUCCUCAACAAAGUCAAAUGGUUGGAUAUGUACGGUGUCGAUAUGCAUACCGUUUUGGGUAAAGACGGUUGCGAGUAUCAUCUCGGUCUGACGCCGACUGGAAUCCUCGUGUUCGAGGGAAUUCAGAAGAUCGGUUUGUUCUUCUGGCCCAAAAUCGGAAAGCUGGACUUUAAGAAGAAGAAGCUCACGCUGGUUGUCGUGGAAGACGACGAUCAUGGACGUGAGCAGGAGCACACGUUCGUGUUUCGGCUACACAACGAGAAAGCCUGCAAGCAUCUGUGGAAGUGUGCGGUCGAGCAUCAUGCCUUCUUCCGGUUGCGGGCACCGGUGAAAGGGCCGUCCGCACGGCAGAACUUUUUUCGAAUGGGCUCCCGGUUCCGGUAUUCGGGCAAGACGGAGUUUCAGACCACGCAGCAAAAUCGUGCCCGGCGGACGGUGCAGUUUGAGAGGCGACCAUCGCAACGCUUCGCCCGCCGUCAGUCGCACGUGCUCCGCGAGCGCCAAAAGCAGCAAGCACCACCGCCAUCAUCGUCCACGGCCGAUCUGCUACACCAGCAGCAGUCUGCCGGUCACGCUAUCAACAUCGCCACCACCGCCAGCUGUUCUUCCGCCGAUGAGGGUCAGCAUUCCACCUCCGGCACAUCGACUCCAUCCGCGAACACGGUGAUACACAACCAUAUGCCGGGUUCGGGCAGCAGCACCUCGGACAUUGGUGGCGCGGGCUUACUGUCGGUGGGGCUGAUGAAUGGCAAUCUACCGUCGCUCAGUUCGAACAAAUCCAUUUCGUCUAGUGAAGAUGUGGCGUACGGCAGUAAGGUCGGUUCCUUCGGUAAGGCGGGUCUGUCUCAUCUGCCCAGCAGCCGGUUUGAUGACGGUGGAAAGCUUCCUGCCAUUGAGCAUGAAAUGAGCACCUUUGGACGGUUUGCCGGUGGUGGGGGAGCCGCCCAUCAUCACGGUGGUUCGUUUGGGAAGGCGUCGAUAAGCUCCGGAUUUAGCAUUCACACCACAACCUCGUCCGAUCGGGAUAGUCAGAUCGAUACGCUGCUGAAAACGAUCGCCAAGGACCCAUCGCCCUCGUUGCACGGUGUCGAGCUGAACGAUGCUAGUAGCUUUAAGAUCACAAUCAACAAGACUUCCGAGCUAGAGACUAACAACGACACGCUAAAGAAGCUGGCAACGUCACCCCACGCGGAAAAGCCGAACAAUCAGAUCAAACUGUCGAACAGUGCGGCGGCUGCUGCGGGUGGUGGCGUACCAUUGCCACCAGGGCAAAUCAAGUGCAAUAUAUUGAAGGCACGCGUUGAGGAAGAAUUGCAUCCGAAGCUUACUAAUCAUCAGCUGUACGUGCCGAGCCAGCCACUACACGAGGGUCCGGAGUCGUUGAAUGCAGCAACAUUCGUGUCGGUGGGUGGCGACAAGCUAACAUUAAAUCUAACCGGCACGACGACCAUACCUACGGGUGGUAGUAGCCAUACUACGAUUACGACCAUGAUUGCCUCACCGAAAGCACCGACCCGCACGGCUACAUCGCCAACAGGAGGAGCGGGUGGCAGUAGCAGCUGUUUCCUACCGGGCCAACCGGUAACGACAGUAACCGCAGCUUCUGGCGGUGGUGGCCUGGCAGGAGGACCAAGCCCGAUGAGCACAGUCGAAUCGCCCACACUGCCCUUUACGAACGGGAUCGCCGCUCUACCGGCACCAUCCCUUACGACCGACACCGUCACGGUAACACACUUCUCCGAGCAGAAAGGUGGCAUAGUGGAGAAGAUCAGUGUACCAACGCAUUCGCCCACAUCGUCACCACUCGGCGGAUCGUUGGUUACGGUGGAUGCGAACGGAACCGCGGCAGAAUCGGACAUCGACAAAAUGCUGCUCGCCGCUCCACUGCGAAACAAUGCGAACAAUCCGUUCUUAAACAUGUCCAACCCAUCGUCACCGGUGCAACCGAAAUCGACCAACCCGUUCCACAACCUUUCGAGCGCAUCCUGUUCACCUCCACCUGCCGGUGGGCAGGUCGAGGACGAGCAGAAUCUAUUAACCGAUGCGUUAUCUGAAGCUGGUGGAGAAAAGGUUAAGCCAGCGGUCGCUACCUCGGUGACCGAGUUUAAGAACAGUAACCCUUUCAAGAUGGAUGAAGCCGAAUUGCUUGUUAGCGAGCUGAAAGCGUCCGUAAGCAAUGGCGAAACGCGCCAAGGAUCGACGGGAAUGACCGCCGAGCGAGAUAUGAUUGAUAGUAACGGGGUGGCAACGACUACCACCACUACCGCGGUCAUCUCGAGUGGCACUGCAAGUGCUGCAACGUUGAAGGAUCGUAUGAAGGAGAAUAUCAAACCCUCACCGAUGGACAACAUAUCGCCCUGGUUAGUGUCGUCCGAUGUGGUCACUGGUCCGACCAAGCCCAAGGAGGCAACCAUUAUUCGCAAAUCCGUCAUUACAACGCAGUUGUAACGAAUAAUCGCUAGCAGUGGUUCGAUGUUAGUGUUAGGCGCCGAAUUUUAUAUGUGCAUGUAUAAGAAGGCAAACACCACAUUCCUGUCAUUUAUGUGUAGGUUUUUAAACGAUCGAUCGGCAUAUUUGUACUGGAUUUGCGCUAGUUCAUCAGAUGAGAGGCAAAACGGAUGUACUUAAUGUGUGGUGACUGAUGCGCCUCAUAAGGGAUCAAAAGUAGGGCAAGGGUGCUUGUUUUUUUUUGGAAAUAAUUAAAAGACUUGUUGCAAUGAUGUCUACGCUGUGUGCUUUGUGGGCCGGCAAUAAAAAAGGCGAAACGAAACGAAAAAUCAUCAAGGGGCAACUGCACUAGUAUUACAUGUGAUCUCAGUACAUUCCACUGGUGGGGACGGGAAUACGGACACGGGGGUCCGGUUCGUUUCCUCUUUUGGGCUGAAUUGCACACUCGUCCCUCACCCGCAAACGCCUCCUAGCUACUGAACAGUAUGACACUAUACAACGAAUUUUAAACAUUAGCGAUAGUUAGGAAGGGAUGGCCCGUUUGAGUGACACUCUCCAUUCGGCAAUGAGCGCCCAGGAUGGAAGCAACUGUCUACCUUCGGUUGUCUUUGCUUUUGUAUUUGCUACCUAUAUUUAAUGUGGCCAAAACGAGAGCGGUAAAAUGGGCGGUGAAUGUAUAGUAUUUUUGUUGCAACGAUAUGCCACCUGGUUUUUGGGGGAGAGGCAUUCAACAAGUGACCUUAUACAAUAAGUAAUGGUAAAACGCAAGGGGAAGAAGAAAGUGGAUUGAAGAGCACACUGUGCAUGCAUUUGAAAUGUUUUCAGUAUAUUAUUUGCUCGGGCUUAUUUCGUACGUACAUGUGUAAGUAGUAGCUGCAAUGUUGAGCGAAGAAGCGAGAAGCUGGUUAGGUUAAGAGCUAUGCAAACUCGGUUUGAAACGAUAAUUAAUCAAAACUACAUAGUAACUAUGUGUGCGUGUGUGCCUCGGUUGUGGCUGAGCUGAGCGUGUGAGUGAGCUGAUGAUGAUGAAAAUGCUGCUAGAAAGUAGGGAUGGAUGGAUUUUUUAAUACCUGAAGGAACUGUUCGUGGAAGAGAAUUUAUUCGAGUUGUUGAAUAAAAACCCCUGUAUAAGUUAUAA